GCCCGUCAUGGCUCGUAUAGUUUACGUAACUUUGGUACUGGUGGUAACAGUGGUAAUCUGGUAAUCAGCGUACGGGGCGCUCCUCAUACCUGCCUCUAUGGACUGACUGACUGACUGCUUUUUGCCUCUGGGCGAGCAUCUUCUUUCUUACUCAACGACACACUCACUCUCACUCUCAUCUUUCAACCUCUUUUUUUUGUCCUCCUUCGCAUCGCUCUUCUUCUCUUCUUCUCUUCCCCCGCGACCCUUUUCUUCACUCUCUUCUCCAAAUUCAUCCUCACCCCCAUCCUUACCUCUCCCUACUCUCCCCCUCUCGACGCUUCUCCUACCUAACCUUUGCGAGCUUUUCACUAAGCCUCGUUGAGUCUCGUUGCUCCUUCAACUACCGAACUUCCCUCCACUCCAAUAUUCCUCCUCUCCGAGUUCCCGAACUCACGUUUCGUGUGAUGGCUGCCAAUUCCAACAUAUCCUACAUAUUCUAAACUCCCAUUUACAACAAUUCUGUUCCGCUGAGCCUCAUUCCUUUCUCCUGUUGGACCUGUGACGGGACAUUUCACCCUCGCAUCGAUCUUUUUUUGUUUUUGUUUUUUUUAUCCUUUCGUUCUCUCGUUGCCGGAUCGAUUCGCCUCAGAUGUCGCUAUUCUAAAGAGCCCACUACCUUGUGAAGUCGUUUGAAGACCCCAGGGCUCGUCGUCCGUCGACGAACCCUUGUUAACACUUGGGAAGUGGUGGACGUGUAGACGACGUCGCCUCCUUCAAGUCGUCUACCCCCACCAGCCCUGGACGGGAUCUAUCUUUUCCAUCAUGCCGUCGUUCUUCUCCUCCACUCUUUCUACCUUCCCUCCCACUCCACCUCAUGUUAUUGGCAGCCGUCUCGAAUCAGAGACGCCGUUCUAUCAGCAAAAUAAUUCUGCCUAUGCCAUGAGAUUUCCUCAAAACGGCUAUGAUUUUAUCGAAAAGUUCUCGCAGACCGCCAACGCCAACUACCAAAACCAUGGCCCGAUGACUACGCACUCGCAGUCAUUACAUCCGCUACACGGAGGUCGGGAAAUGGGUUCUUCUCAGACGAUGGUAUCGCACCAGGCCCUUCCACAAGCCAUCUAUGGCACGGUGAACCCUCCUAUCCUGCCUCCCAUUCGUUCAAGCACGAAGCUUCCCCCGAUGGACAACGCGAUUCCUCCGCAGUAUCGACGACAAGAAAAAGUCAAUCACCAGGACUCACGACCCAAGGAGGAAAAACCGACCGGAGGCGUGGCGGCCCACCUGGACUACGAGAUGGGUCAGAUGUCGGAUUUCGUGGCGGAAAUGGCCCAGGGAAUUGUUUACCCAGGAACAACAGUCCCGCCCCAAUUCCGAAAAUACGUCUCACAGAUUCUUUCUUCAACUCGUCUACCUAGCUCCACCAUUCUUCUAGGCCUCUACUACUUGGCAUGUCGAAUGCGGAUGCUUUCAGCAGCUGAUGUCUACAAGUCUGGAAGCUCUCAGGUCUACCGCAUGCUUACCACCGCUCUUUUGCUUGGAAGCAAGUUCCUCGACGACAAUACGUUCCAAAAUCGCUCUUGGGCGGAAGUUAGCAAUAUUCCCGUUGCGGAAUUGAAUGCGAUGGAAUUGGAGUGGCUUUUCGGGUUUGAAUGGAACAUCCAUAACCGUAUCCACAACAAGCAAGACGGGUUCAUGUCGUGGAAGGCACAUUGGGAUACAUGGCGCGCAAAGGCUGAUGCAAGGGCGAACGAGUCUCGCAGUAAACUUGCUCCCAUUGAUACAAACAUCCAAAGACAGCAUGCAUCUCAACAGAAGGCGGCGCUUCUGUCCCCCGAUGGGCCAAUUCCCCCUCAAUAUCAGAGGGGUGCGUGGCUAAGCUCUAAUGCUUCAGAUUACUCUCCGCCUUCAGCGCCUCAUAGCGGUCCUAAUACGCCUGAUUACUACCGUCCUGCCCCUUGGGCAUACAGCAACCCGCCACCUCCGUAUUCUCGUGGCUGGGUUGUCCCUCAACAGUACAUUCCUCCGGCUCCCCGAUCGCAACCGCCAUCCUAUCACCACACGCCUUCCUAUACACACGCCUUCUCACCAACGGGUUGGACUGGACAUGGAUCGUCCUGUGGCUGCUUGUAUUGUGCGAAACACCAAGAGCACUACCUACAUACAGUAGCUUUUGGCAUUCAACCUGUUGCCGGCUAAUCUACUCUCUGUCCGGGAUAUCGGGUUUAUUCUCUCCUGCCUAAUUAUCGUGGCAUGUCUUUCGAUCGAGUUCCCUUGGCAGACACUCCUCAUAUACCCGUUGAGAGCCCGCAUUUCGUUGCGACAUUCUUUCAUUUCCUCGAUCGUCAUUACCGUUCGAUCCUUUACGUUGUUAUUUUGAUACAUUCGGUUUACGAUCCCAUAUACCGCGCGAUUAUUACAUUACUCCCUGUCAAAAAAACAUCACUUGAUUUCAGUUCUGUGCAAUCGAUCCGAAAAAAAAUUUCCUUGUUUUAAAAAAAAAUACAUCAGGAGCACGGUGAAAAGCGAGCGAGCAUCUAGAGUAUCUAAUCGAUCUAUAUCCAUCUCCUCUUCCUUCGGUCUCCGACUUCUAAUACUUUUUCUCAACCGAACUGUCCUUCGAGACUACCCAAAAUCGCGUUACUAGCUCAAAAUUGAGCACAAAAACAGCCUGAUGUUUUGCCUGCCCUCUUUAUUUGCGCUUUGCGGAUGAUUUACGAUUUUAUUUUGCUCUCGUAUUUGAAAUCUAUUCUCCUUGUGCGCUUUUGUCAUCCCUCCUUAUUCCUUGAUCGUUUCUUCUCUAAUACCUGUUCACAUUAGCCAGUUGGGCGCAAUAGUGUGGUGAACCUCCCAUUUUUUCCCCGUCAAAUUUCUCUUUGCCCCUUAGUUAUUUUUUUUUAUUUUUUUUUUUUGCCCCUUUUCUUUUCAAAACGAUUUACUGAGAUUGAUACGAUUUUUCGUUUGCAUUUUCUGUUCUUGCUCAAUUUUUCAACUUUCGAACUGGCGUUACUUUUCUCGCCCAAAUUUUCCUCCUUUGUGAACUUUCUGUGGAUUCGUCGAGCACAUUUUCUUGUUUCCCCAUCUGCGCAAAAAUUUGGUCCAGUUUCAUACUUUUUAUCUGCUAUUUUUGUAUUGAUUGCGUUCCAUCAGGAAUUUUUCGACCGGGGGUGGGGUAUCAACUGCAGAUAUUGCGUGUUACUCAUUUCUGACGUCUGGGCUUUGUUGUUGUCUGCUGAGUAGUGGUGCGAAAUGUGGAAAGAAAAUAUUUUUCGUGUGGCUGGCGUUGGUGCCGAGUCUUCUGAGCAUAUCCUCCGGCUUUGUUUGUGGUUUCGUGUAUCUUUUGUGGUUCUCAUCUUGUUGGUCAUUUCCCAGAAUUUUCCCUUGUCCUUCAUUUUUCCUUCUCACACUGACCUUACCUUUCCACUUCUUGUAAUCAAUUCUACGAUUUUCCCGCGUUUUUCCUUACCCCGUCUGUUUUGAGUUCUUUCUUUCUUCAUUUUCUUAUUCCUUUCAAUUUUUAGUCUCACUGCUUUUCAUUUUCACAUUUUCACAUACACAUUACUUUACAGCACAUAACUUUCUUGUCCAUCAUGGGACCAACUUUUGUUAUCAAAAAAAGAGUGAUUUGGAGGAAAAGAUACCCUCGUUUAUUCGUGCAUUAAUUUUCACUUUUUUUUUCAAAUUUUGAUUUCUUGCAGCUUUCCUAUUGUUUCAUAAGGUUUGCGGUUUUCCUAUCUUCUCAUUUUGACCUUUGUCUUUUUCCUAAAUGAAACCAGCUUGGUUUUGGUUUGGAAUUAGUACUCUAUAACAGCUCUGUUGUGUCCUUGAUUUUUUUUUUUUUUUUUUCUCCUCCUGGAAUGGUGAAGAAGGACUGAGGAACGGCUGAGCAGCGUUUUAAGCUUCAAGUUUAGAUAGUGAAAAGAACGAUGUAUGUAUGUAUGGUUGAGAACGGACGAAAAGAUAAGAUCAGAGGGGGGGGGGGAAAUCAGGAGACUAGCCAAAAAUGGAACGUACAUAACUAUUCCUGGUAAAGUUUUCCUUUGAAUAUCGUUGAUUCUAUUUUCGUCUGCGUGCUCGUCUGAAUCCGCUGCUACUACGAGGCUACAUGAACCCUUCUGGCCUAACUACCGUUCAACCAUGUUGAAGGCUAUCUAUCACUUUACGGUUCUGAGUCGCGUCGCCGAUCUAUGCGCAAGCCCUUUCAUAAAUACUGUGUACCAGUGGCCCCGUCAUGACUUACUUACGGCGGAGGCAAUAAUGUACUAUAUCCCUAUCUACCCACCAACCUACAUCUACCACCUACCUUAUGGUGUCCAGGGAACAACCUAGUUAGUUAAAAUCGAAAGAUUCAAAUAAGCUCAUUCACGUGACACUGCUUAACCUUAAAAUAUGGUCUGGUCCUGGUUGAGGCGGGAAGGGAAGGGAAGGGAAAUCAAUAUCUUGGUUUGGUUUGGUUAGAAGGAGCAUGUACAGUACUCAGUUGCUGCUUUUCCUGUCUGGGAAGGAGGGCCCAGAAGGGGGGGGGAACACGGUGGUUUUUGUUUUUUUUGCUGCUGUGGUUUCACGGAAGAGGUGCAGUAACUAUUUUGUUGUUCAUGUUUCCAAUUCUCACUGAAUAUACCACGGUGGUUUGCAAAGUAGGCCAUGGUUUCCUUUCGUAUCAGAUGGCUUGUUCUUGAGAGAAUUGUGGAUUCUAUUAUCCAGUAACAUAUACUAGGGUUUGCAGUCGGGGAUGGUACAUGCACAGACAGUACAUUAGAUUGACUAUUAUUGGGCGAUCUACACGAAAAAGCCAAGUGACGCCAGGUAUAACUGAAAGAAAAAGGGGUCGCGCCGUCAAGGUACGCGGAACUUUCAUUUAAACUACUAUCUAAUAAAAACCAAUCCAUUCCUCCUGGGAAUAGACAUACCUGUUUUAUUUCUUUGGAUUCAUUCCUACAAGGCCUCACCCUAUACUCCAAUUGGGCAUCCGAAAUUCAUCUCUCACAUUUCCACUAUCGUAGAGCAUCAUUGGGAUCUUCGUUUUUCAUAUACAUCGCCGUAGGGAGUAAAGGCGACGGUGGAGUGAGUGGGUGUGAUAUAAGGGUCUCAUCUCAUCAUAAUGUUUAGUCCUCUUUCCUCAUCCUGUUUUUAUCCGUGGCAGAAUCGAAAAG